ACCAGACGCCACUACACCGCGACGCGAGAGUUCGAUUCGGUAGACUGCUUCUCGUACCCCGGCCGUUGAUUUCUCUUAGAGGAAGCGCAGCGGCGGCGGCGGAGGAGGAGGAGGAGGAGGGCGAUGGGGACGGGGACGGAAUCGGAGUCGAGCAGCGGUGGGGCCGCGGGCCGCGCGCGAGGGCUUGCUCUGAAGGCGCUCCUGCUGCUGGGUGGCGCGCUGUUGCUGAGGCGGAUGAGGAAGUCCACCACCCGGUGGGAUCACGCCCGCGCCGUCGCCGAUUCCCUCUCCGGAGAGAAGUUCUCUCGAGAACAGGCUCGUAAUGAUCCCGACAACUACUUCAACAUAAGAAUGCUAAUGUGCCCAGCGGCUGAGAUGGUAGAUGGCUCAAGGGUUUUAUACUUUGAACAGGCAUUUUGGAGAACUCCUCACAAACCUUUUCGACAAAGAUUUUAUAUGGUGAAGCCUUGUCCAAAAGAGAUGAAAUGUGAUGUUGAGUUGAGUUCAUAUGCAAUAAGAGAUGUGGAAGAGUACAAAAACUUUUGUGAUCGUCCAAUGGAUCAGAGGCCACAGCCUGAGGAGGUUAUUGGGGUAUGUCUUAGUGAUAUUGCAGAACAUCUAACAACAGUUCACCUCAACCGUUGUGAACGUGGAAAGCGUUGCUUAUAUGAAGGUUCAACUCCACCAGGUGGCUUUCCUAAUACAUGGAACGGCGCAUUGUACUCUACAUCUGAGCUUACAGUUCAUAGAAACGGUGAAAUACAUACAUGGGACAGAGGUUACGAUGAUGAAGGCAAUCAGGUCUGGGGUCCAAAGGCAGGUCCUUACGAAUUCAAACCUGCUACGCCGUCAAGUUACGACGACAUGUUUUCACCAUUGAACUUCCCCCCUACAUUGUCACUCGAGAAGAAGAUGGAUAAUCCUUUUGUAGUCAGUGAACAAUAGCCUUCAUAAUGUAAAUAUUUGGUAGAUAAAAUCUUUAUUCUAUGUUCGUAUUUUGACCCACUCACCCUUCUCCUGCAAAGUUCAUCGACAACACUCAUGGUUUUCCAAGGAGAUUUCUGUAUCACCAGAUAACCUCAGUGCAUGAAGAAGAUAUAUAGUCCAUGGGAUCUGUGUUCUCGACAGUGUUAGUCACUGCAGUGAUGCUUCACAGGUGAGCAAUUUAUGCCCCUUGGAGGAUAAUUGUCUUGAAACUGGAUGUGGUUGAUAUUUUA